UGUGGACGAGCUAGUCCUGCCCAGAAAGGAGGAGGAGGAGUAGGAGACACACGCACAAGGGUGUCGACGGAGAGAGGCAGGAGCAGAGGAGAAAAGGCGGGGAGCAACGGGGGGAAAAUACACUAGCUAAUAAAUCAAGAUACUGAUAAUGGCUGCUAAAUCGGACGGGGUCCUGAAGAUGAAGAAGAGCGACGUGGCCUUCACGCCUCUGCAAAACUCAGAGCACUCCGGCUCGGUGCAGGGACUCCACCCGGGCGGCCAGCUCGACUCUGCGGGCACCGGGGACGGGGAUUUUGCCAACGGGGAGUCGCGGUGCUGCGGUGGGGGAGGCUCAAACUCGACGUGCCUUCGUCUGGGCAGAGGGCAGCAGAAGUAUACGGUGUGGGACUGCUUGUGGAUCGUAGCCGCCGUGGCCGUUUAUUUGGCCGAUGUGGGCACCGAUGUGUGGCUGUCGGUCGACUACUACCUCCGCCACGACUAUUGGUGGUUCGGCCCGACGCUCUUUUUCGUUGUGUUGGGUUCCUUCUCGGUCCAGCUCUUUAGCUUCAGAUGGUUCGUCCACGACUUCAGCACCGAGGACGGUGCCGAUUCUGUCACCGAUUGCUCCCACAUGGAUGGGAAUAAAUUGCUUAGUGGCUCGGCCUCACACGGUGAUGUUACUGCUCAACACCACCCGGCCACGCCGCAGAGGCAGGCGUCGACCGCCAGCAAGAACACCACUACUAACAGCACGGCGAGCACAGCGCUGGGAAACAGGAAUAGGAAACGUUCGGCCUACUACUCCUUCUGUGUUUGGUUCGGCCAGUCCGUCAUUCACAUCAUGCAGCUGGGCCAGAUAUGGAGGUAUUUCCAUACCAUCUACCUGGGUGUUCGGAGUCGUCAGGGUGCUGAGACAGAGCGCUGGCGUUACUACUGGAGGAUGGUCUAUGAGUUUGCAGAUGUGAGCAUGCUGCAUCUACUAGCAACCUUUCUGGAGAGCGCUCCACAACUGGUGCUUCAGCUGUGCAUUAUCAUCCAGACACACAAGCUCCAGGCUGUGCAAGGAAUGACAGCUGCAGCCUCCCUCGUCUCUAUGGCCUGGGCCCUGGCCUCCUAUCAGAAGGCCCUGCGAGAGUCUCGGGAUGACAAGAAGCCCAUCAGCUAUCUGGCAGUGAUUAUCCAGUUCUGUUGGCACUUCUUCACCAUAGCAGCCCGAGUUAUCACCUUUGCUCUGUUUGCAUCUGUAUUUCAACUGUACUUUGGCAUCUUCAUCGUCCUGCACUGGUGCAUCAUGACCUUUUGGAUUGUCCACUGUGAGACAGACUUCUGCAUCAGCAAGUGGGAAGAGAUUGUGUUUGACAUGGUGGUGGGCAUAAUCUACAUCUUUUCCUGGUUCAACGUCAAGGAAGGACGGACAAGGUGUCGGCUUUUUAUCUAUUACCUGGUAAUCUUGAUGGAGAACACUGCUCUCAGUGCGUUGUGGUAUCUCUACCGAUUUCCUCAAAAUACUGACGCCUUUGCAGUGCCAGCACUCUGUGUCAUUUUCAGCAGUUUCCUCACCGGCAUUGUUUUCAUGCUCAUGUACUAUGCCUUUUUUCACCCGAACGGGCCACGCUUUGGACACUCACCGAGUGGCCAAGGCCUUGACCUGGACCCUACUGCUCAGUUCUCCACUCUGCCAUCAGAAGGUGCGACCAAUUCACUGCGUUCCAACCGAGGUGCUACCACAACUCUAGAUCGACACGACGUGGGCAAGUAUUCUGAGCGAGAUGGCUGCAUGCCAGUGUUUCAGGUCCGAUCCACAGUGCCAUCCACGCCAUCUUCUCGUGCUCCACGCCUAGAGGAGACCGUCAUCAAGAUCGACCUUUGUAGGAACCGCUAUCCAGCCUGGGAGCGUCAUGUUCUGGACCGCAGCAUUCGCAAAGCAAUUUUGGCCAUAGAUUGCUCAUUGACUCCUCCACGGCUGCAGUACAAAGAUGAUGCUCUGGUACAGGAGCGGUUGGAAUAUGAGACCACUCUAUAGUCCGCUCGGCUUUCGGAAACCCUGCAGGGGCACAGCAACAGAGUGGUAUCCUGUGAUCACAUAAACAGCAACAGGAACUGUGGCAAUAAGAAUUUGUUACUGGCAUCAGUUUCAAUCUUCAUCUCCCAUUGCUGUUGUUCUUUUUCUAUUUCCGGGUAUCAGGAGUGUCGAGAAGCAGUUGGGACUGUUGGUGAUGGCUGGAUGACCAACUCAGUACAAGUUCAGUUAGUGUCACUGGUGGGAUUGCUGCUGAUUGUUGCUAUUUUACUUACACUUACUUACAAAUGCUGUCUUGUAUGGAGUAAAUACUAAAAGACACUCUGCUUAAAACAAAAAGAAGCGAGUGUGUUAAGGGGUGUUAAGCUAAAGCUGUAAAAUAAUAAAAAGUGGAAUUGUCCAUUGUCCAUACAGACAGCUUUUCAGUCACCAGAUACUCCCAUAAAACAAAGGAGGUCCGAAUUACAAACGCGAACUUGUCCUAAUGUGUUGGUGUCCUACCAUAUCAGCCACAAGCAGGUGGGUACUCUCAGUCAUUACUCUCUUUCUCUUAGUGCCAAAAAGGGUCAUUGGGAACAUCCUCUAGAUUCUAAGGAACAAUUUAGGGGUGACUGCAUAAUCCAGAAGGUUCUUCUUUGAGCUAGACUUUUCAUUGUUAUUGGACAUCUGUGAUCAACACUGGAAGAUGGCCAGAAAGUGACCUACAAGAAGACAGUGGUCAAAGUAGCAUCUAUGAGCAGUCAUGGUGUUUUGUUUGGGCAAAACAUACUAAAUGAUAAGGCUGAAUGUUAUAAUAGGAAGCAAGAAAAGGGGGCAAAGGUUAAACACUAGCUAAUGGUCUCAUUCUGAAAAGGAAGCAUUCAAACUUACCCAAUGCCAAGAAAAAAAUCUUCCUGGCAGCUCAACAUAACUAUUUGUAGUCCUGCCUCAGAAACACAGCUGCAUAAUUGUUCCAAUCUUUGCUUGUCUGUGGAGGGUGAAAGCAUGUACCAGACACCAAUGAACCGGAGAGAGGAGAGAGAAUGAUACCGGAAAUGGAAAUGAGUUGAGGAUGAAAACACAGACAAGCAGCCAACUCAGCCAUUCCAACCAGCCACCAGGAUGUACAGUACUCAUGCAACAUGCAGCAUUUUUAUUUUAGAGAUGAAGUAGAGGCUACUGAAGUCAUUGUAAUCCUGUGUGUGUGUGUGUGUGUGUGUGUGUGUGUGUGUGUGUGUGUGUGUGUGUGUGUGUGUGUGUGUGUGUGUGUGUGUGUGUGUGUGGAGUUUACACAAAACAAGCAAAG